UAACUUGGUGGACGACACGGGACAGGAUGAAGGCUAAUAGAAGCCUGUGAACCAUUUAAUUGCUGAUGAAUUUAUCAUGAAAAUAGAUGUGUAAUGCAAUAAUAUCGAUUUUAUACAGCUUGCCUUUAUGUGUAAUCUCUGUAACCAUUGUGAUUAUCUACGGGUGCAAAUACUUGCAGGAUUUUUGCUCCCCUUUAAUGUCUGUGCCUUCUUCCCCCCCUCCCCCUUUUUUUCCAUGUCUACUUCUUCGCAUAAAAUCGAAUAGCAAGAUGCUCAGUACCACGAAAUGUAUCGUUAGUUCUACCAAUACCAGUAUCGACAACUAUGUAUUAACUAACGGGCCGAAGACAUGUACUCUGUGCUAUGUAUGAAUGUGUGUAUGUGUGUAUCACAACUUACCGUAAAGCCCGCCGCCACGCGCUGACUAAAAGCCGCGAAACGAAAAAGCGGU